UGUUGUUGUAAAGUAGAAGUCGACAAUUGAAAGAAUCCCUGUUAUUAAUUAAUUUAUUUUUCUUUUCCUUUUCCUCGUUUGCCUUUUCUUUUCUCCCUUUUUGUUUUAUUUUCAAAUUUAUCUUUUAGUGGGAAUAGAACCGGUUCGUUGGCCAAUAUAGGCAUACGUGUAACGUGCUGCAGCACUGAGGUCGCCAUUACAUUCCUCGAUAUGGCAAAAUAAUCAUUUAUUUACCUUACCCAACAUACGGCAAAAACAAAGAACUAUUCUAACAAUUGCAUCCCAUUGUGAGGGGAAAGAAAAACCUUACUUAUCCCAUGAUUCCCAAAUUAGAAAAACGUCAGCCAAGAAAAUAGUUUGAUUUAUCUCUGGGUAACUACCCGCCCGCGUUUAUUCCACGUUAUCUGACUGGCGGGUACCCGAAUAUACGGCGCAACACAUACCCCUCAAUCCCGAGCGCCGCCCCCCCACCUGCCAUCCUCCGCCGCGGCUUUUUGAUCCUCCGCCCUGGUAAAUAUAUCUUCCCGUUCUCACAGUUUCUUCUUCCGUAGCAGGAUUUCUUGCAUCUUUUUUUGCUUCUCCUCAUUUCCAAUUAAAUCAACUCGCUCAGAGAAGAAUUGUUGCUUUCCCGUCCCAUAUAUCCCCGCUCAUUUCAGCCAGCCAGCCAGCUUGGUCGCCAUCUAUUUUCAACCUUCACCAGAGCAACACGAAUUCACGAUGGCUAGCACCGUUGGAAAAACUAUCACCUGCAAAGCUGCGGUUGCGUGGGAGGCAGGCAAGGACCUCACUAUCGAGGAUAUUGAGGUUGCACCCCCAAAGGCCCACGAGGUCCGGAUUGAAAUAUACUAUACCGGUGUUUGCCACACAGAUGCAUAUACCCUUUCUGGAAAGGAUCCGGAGGGAGCAUUCCCCGUCGUCUUGGGCCAUGAAGGCGCUGGUAUCGUCGAGUCUGUCGGCGAAGGCGUGACUUCCGUUAAGCCUGGUGACCACGUAGUUGCACUCUAUACGCCCGAGUGCAAAGAAUGUAAAUUCUGCAAGUCCGGCAAGACGAACUUGUGCGGUAAGAUCAGAGCCACCCAAGGCAAAGGCGUCAUGCCUGACGGCACAUCCCGUUUCAAGUGCCGUGGAAAGGAACUAUUACAUUUUAUGGGCACGUCCACUUUUUCCCAAUACACCGUCGUCGCCGAUAUUUCCGUUGUAGCCAUCACAGAUAAAGCUCCCAUGGACCGGACAUGUCUGCUAGGAUGCGGUAUCACAACCGGCUACGGCGCUGCCGUGGUGACUGCCGGUGUAGAAGAAGGCUCAACAGUGGCUAUAUUCGGGGCUGGAUGCGUUGGCCUUUCCGUGAUCCAGGGUGCGUUGAAGAACAAGGCUAGCAGGAUCAUUGUGGUCGACAUCAACGAUAAGAAGGAAUCCUGGGCCCAGAAAUUCGGCGCCACGGACUUUGUCAAUCCUACGAAGCUUGACGGGAAACCCAUUCAAGACAAACUCAUCGAGAUGACGGACGGUGGAUGCGAUUAUACCUUCGAUUGCACAGGAAAUGUCGGUGUAAUGCGUGCUGCACUUGAAGCCUGCCACAAGGGUUGGGGCCAAAGCAUAAUCAUUGGAGUCGCAGCUGCUGGUGAAGAAAUAUCCACGAGACCAUUCCAACUUGUUACUGGGCGCCAAUGGAAAGGCAGUGCCUUCGGUGGAAUCAAGGGCCGCAGCCAGCUGCCAGAUUUAGUCGACGCCUACAUGACCGGCAAGCUGAAAGUGGACGAAUUCAUCACCCACCGUGAACCACUGGCAUCCAUUAAUAAAGCUUUCGAGCAGAUGAACGAUGGUGACUGCAUUCGCUGCGUGGUUGACAUGAGGCAGUAAGUCUUUGUUUUCUCUCUCUUUUGGCUAUCACUGCGGUCAGCCUGGUUCGUUUUUCCUUUUCUUUUUCCUCAACACUCUUUUGAGGAGGGGAGGGGAUGUUUAUCAAAUGGAAAAAUAAAUUGUAAGAUGGGGAAACUGCCUGCGAGGUUGUAAACGGCAGCGGCAUGGAAUAUUGAUCGGCCUCUAAAGGAAGGAAAAUACAUAAUAGGGCUUGAUAUCUAGCUUUUGAUUUCUUCAUAAUAAUAGCCAUAUAUAUGGAAUAAUGGGAAGCAGUUAACUAGCUAUAAUAAUCCUUGGAAUAGAUUAAAUAUGCUCUAUCAGAGCAAUAAUAUGUGAGAUGGUUGAAUCUCUUAUAUUCUCCAUGUGCGGAGCAAUCGCUGGGGCAACGCCACCGAGGCGGCCGCCGCUACAAAUAAUAUACACAACAUGACUCCUCC